AUGAUCGCGUGUGCGGCAUUACAACGACUGGAGCGGUACGGCUCUCUCGGGCUGAAGCGACACAGCACAGAGGAUUUUGUGAGUACGUCGCUCAAGGACCCGCGACGAGCGAACAUCUAUGCCUUGACCCUACUGAGCACGUGGAAGGAGGCGCUGCAGGCCGUCCGCGGCGACGACGCCAACGGUGUCGCGGAUGUGUCGAAGGCACCAGCUCGCUACACAGACGCGCUUGUCUACGCUGUCAGCUUCGCAGUGGCCCUCACCACACAGCACGUGUUUGAAGUCGGCACCGCCACAGCGGCGGCGACGGUGGCUGGCAUGAGUGGCAGCUCACAGCCCGCAGCAGCUGGCACAGGGGGGAAGACCAAGAAGGCUGCCUGGCAAAGUAGCGGCAGCGGCUGCAGCAGCAAGGGCGACGCCACAGCUGCUUCUCUUAUCUUCACGGACGCCUCCGCCCAGGCACUGGAGCUCUUGACGCUGCUGAAGGAGGUGACGAUAGCGAUCGGAAGCGGCCGUGCUCUGCGGAGCAACGCUUCAUCGGACGACUUCACGAAGGCGGUGGCACAUCUUCUCACGAGCAGCACGGACCUCACCCUCUUACUGCUGGGCGGCGUCUCCAUCUCCUCUGGCGCCGCUACACAGGAAGGACAGGAGUCACAACCGGGUAGCAGCAGCGCUGAACAGCAGCAGCAACAACAGCGGGAGGCGAUCCUCGCGCAGGCGCUCGUGUUGGUGGCUGCGACGGCGCAGAUGCUGCGACGCGUGCAGGCAAGCUAUCCCAUCAACGACCUUUACCACACCCGCCCCUGCGCUGCGCUGCUGAAGACCGUCGUGAACAAGCACAAGCAACUCCAACAGCGACUCAAGCACGUCAGCGGGAGCAGUGACGCUGCCACGGAGCAGACCGGGCGCGCUGCGCCGGCGCUGCUGGAUGUGCUUCAUCGCUACAUUCAGCUGUGUGCGCGGCGCUCAAUCUCAGGAAAUCAGCAACAGUCAGCGGCCGCCCCAUCCGCCAGCGCGUCGGCCGCCAGCCUCUUUUCCAUCUUCUCCCUCUUCCAGCGCCUCGGCAUGCUGCACGGCGCGCUCGGCGCCGUCACAGCGCUUCCUAAAGGGUUCACGGCGCAGCUCUGCAGUGCCUGCGAGGACGUGCAGUACUGGCUGAGCCAGCUGCUGUCCAGCACCGCGUGCAACCGUGCGACUCGCUACGUCGUGUACUUCCGCGAGGACGAGCUGCGACUGAUGCAGCACAAUGUUCGCCAGACCUCCGAGUAUGCGCUGUACACCUUCGCCACUACGCCGCCGGUCGACCCGGGGCUUGUGGAGCCGCUGUUGAGGGACGGCGCUGCUGCCGACAGCAACGACGAGGCCACGCGCGCGCGCGCGGCUCUCGUGCUUGCGCAGUGGUGCGUGAGUGCACCCUUCUUUUUCGAGAGCUUCUGCCAAGGUGAAUCGUGGGCCUCCUUCGCGCAGGAGCAGCGGCGGCUUGUGCUGCUGCAGCAGUCCCGCGUGCGCCGCGGGCUCGAGAGGGCGUCGCGUCGGCAGCAGCGGAAAGAGAGGGCAACGAAAAAGGCGAUGCACCUGGACGAAGAGUAUGGCAAUCGGUCUUCCUCGGUGUCCUGCGACUCCAGUGAUGCCGCCUCAGCGCACAGCAGUAGCUCCGAUUCUGCGUCCUCGGCUGGCGGCCGCCAGCAGCGGCAGCGCGGCAACGGCAGCGGUGGUACCGAAACGGCAUCUCUCUUGUCCCUCCCAACGGCGAGCCACGCGAACCACGCCGGCUGCAGCGUCUGCGGCAGUGCGACGUCACUCGCCAGUCGCGUGUCGCUUCUCUCGACGCUCUCCCAGCACUCGGCAGCUUCCUACCUUUCCUUCAUCUCCGUACUUCGGCCAUCGAUCACCGCCGGCUCAGCGGCGGGUGGUACUGGAGCUGGUGGCAGCGCUGACGGCGAUGGCGCAGCUGGCGCAGGUCAGCAGAUGCACGAGUCGGAGGAUGGCAACACAAACCUUCCUCUCAUCCUGCUCGAGCAGCUCGCUUUGGGUCUUCAUCGCUUCAUGGAGGCCUACCCAGCAGAGCUGCUCGACCGCUACGGACUGCGCAGCGUAUCAUGGAGCAGCAUCGCACGCAUGUUCGCCACUGUAGAGAAGUCUCUCGUGAACACGACGACGACAGCAGGGGCGGCGGCAGGAGCAGCAGCAGCAGCAGCACCACGUCAGGCCAAUCACUUUCCCAACGAUCAGGAACCGCCGCAGCCGCUCUUCAACCUCGCGCAAGACAUCCGCUACAACAAGGGGAUGGGCUACGAGUGUCUGGGCUUGCUGUUUGCGAAGGUAGUGGCCCCGCUGCUGGACCCCGCGUCAUCGCGUGCGAUCGCGUCGACGUCAUGGUCUCCACCGCAACAGCACCAACUUCGCAGAUCCACAGGCGAGGCAACGGGGACCGAGGACGACGACGGCAGCGGCGGCGGUGCCCGCAGUGACGGCGGCGGCACCCAAGAAGAGUUUUUUGCCAACGCCGCCGCCGUUGCAGCCACCGUGGGACGCGCGGUGCUGACCAUCGACGACGAUCCCGCGACACGCGCCUCCGUGGAGGCGGCCCUGUCGAGGUGCUUGACGGCGUACGAGACGGUGGCGCCGCAGGUGGUGGACAUGAACCUCCCCACCAUCCUCCGCCUUGCUGCGCGCACGGCAGCCACAUCAGCGGGGUCGACCACUUCACUUCGCGCCUCCGCGUCGCCCUCGUCUCUGUCGAUUGUGUUGGUGGACUUUGUGCGCGAUAUUACGGCUCGUCUGGGCCGCGGCAACGACCUGCCGCACCUUGUCGAUGCCCUGCUCCAGCGGGGCGACUUUGCUGCUAACGCGAGCGCCACGGCCGCCGCCUCUGCGGUCGUGGACGGCAGCGGCGAUAAGGCGUCCACUAUCCGCUCGCUGCGUGCGGUCUUUUCGCUCCCCCCGGUGCGACAGGCAGUUAUGGAAGCCGCCGGGACGUCAUUGGACCCAGAAAGUCUUCUGCGGCGGCUGAGCGGCGUCGCGGCGGAGCUCGAGGAAGACAACAAGAGCAGCAGCAGCAGCAGCAGCGCUCAGGAUGAGAAGCAAGUCGAACUGUCGUCCACGGCAAGGUCUUGCCGGAAGCACGAUGACGCUCGGGUGCAGCGCAUGCUUCUGGCUCUGGAGCUCAUGGAAGCGCUUCUCGCUGGGGUCACACCGACGUGCGUCUCUGCAAGUGCGGUGCUGGAGCACACAACGCAACUGGAGCUGUUACUCAGCUCAUCGUUCAUGGCUGCGGUGGAGGAGCUGAAGGGCGUUUGCGGUGAAGCGUUGGACGACAGACGUGCGCUCAUGAUCCAGCACAUGUACACGAUCCGCCAGUGCCGCGCCGUGACAAUCCUUUGCCUACAGGACCUCGGCACCCAGCAGGUGCAUGACUAUCUCCGCAUGCUCGAGGAUGCGUUGUGGCAGCUCACGAGUCACGUGGGCAACCUCGUCGGAUCGCUGACACUGGCAGAGUUGCAGCCGUUGCUGCGGCCACAUCCAGCGCGGUAUGGCGGCAGCGAAGUCCUUGCACCGUCGCCGUCGGCGCUGGAACAGCUGCAGGUGCAGCUCCUGCCUUCGUCGCUCAUCCUGCAGCGCCUGUCGCUAGCGCGCGCAGUGACCGUCGCCCUGGGAACUCACGCAGGGCCCGCAGAGGAGCUCCGUGACAUGGUGUCGUACCUGUGGGACUGCCUCGGACAGGGCGGCCACGACGCAGAUGAGGAAACAACGCCGCCGCAGCGUCGGUCGGGCGGGGUGUCGCUCUGGUUGGCGAAUCAGAUGACUUCCGAGGAGUGGGUCAGCUUGGUGGCGCUCGGCAAGGAGAAGCAUGCGCGCUCCUCGAUGAUGGCGCUCCUGCUGCGCUCCGCCGCCUUAACUUCCGCAGCGACGCCAGAGACGCCGGCGUGGUUGUCGCGGUGUCUGCAGUGCAUCCCUGGAACGGUGCUGCGCGCACUUGUCGACGCAUUCGUGUCGCUUUCCGUUGACGAUUUCUGCGAUGCGUCCCUCGCGAAUUCAUCGUUGCCGUCCGCACGUCGGCGGCUCGAGCUGGCACAGCGGCAGUGGAUGGCCCUCACGACAUCGCUCGUGGCAGCGUACGCGGUGGUGGGCCACAACCCGUACUGGCCCUCGGUUGUCGCGCACACGGUGCGCUCAGUGACGCAUGUGGCGCGGGUGUGGCGGAAGCACGCGAAGGAGCGGCUUGGCAGCGCCAUCGAAACGCCUGCACAGGCCCCUCACCACACUACCGCGGCGCACGUGUUUGCGCUGCUCACGCGGCAGCUCAUCUCGCUGCUGCUGUGUACGCUGCGUAGUGAGCCACGCGCCGCAGAGGUGCUCCGCCGGGUGCUGCUGACGUUAGCGAGGGAGUCGGCGGUCGGGUCUUCAUCGGCAGCAGGGACAUCGGUCCCGGUUCUGUCGCGCAGCGGCAUGUCCGUGGCCUACGUAAAAGCACUGACGGUGCCGGCAGCGUCACUCGGUGACCUGAGUACGCCAACCAUGCUGACGACAUCCGACCCCACAACCGCGGCCGACGGAGGAGGGACACCCGAGGUGGUUGCCGCCUUGAAGGAGUUGACGUUCGAGGAUGAAGUGCGCGACGUCUGCACCGAACUUUUCGCCGCGUCCUUCGUGAAGCGCAUCUUCACUGUGACGGACCUGUGCAGUGACAGCGCGGCGGAGGCUAUGUCGGUGCCCUUGGCUACGGCCACAGCUGCCAUCCGUGCUAGCAUGAUGACGCUCGCGCUGCUCUACCAGGUCUGUGUGGCCGCCGCGCAGGCAUCGUGGCGGGCCAAGGCAACCGACGGCAGCCUAGAGGCGCUGGUGCAGACGCCAGCGGUCGUGUUCCUGCACACCCUCGCCGCUAGCUUUCACGCACGCGGCGCUGCGAGAGUUUCAGGCAGCGGCGCCUCCUCCGACGCGGCAGUAGAUGGCGUGCUGGCGGCGUUUCUCGAGCAGUUCUGCGCGCAUGGCGAGGAGCACUCAGAGCAGCACCUGUUCGUCCACAUCGCAUCUGCCGCCGCAGCAGGCGAGAAGCGGCGCCGAACGCGCGACAUGACAGACGCUGGCGCUGGUGACACAGACCGCGCUGCUGGUGACUCUUCCCCCCUUCGGACGGCGAUCGUUGCACCGGCAAGUGCUCUCGAGGCGGUGGAGGAUCUGUGGUGUGAACAACUGCGAUGGACGGCGUGCACUGUGAUGCGUCUCAGCCACGCAGCCGACAGUGAGCCCAGCUCGUGCGCCACCGCGCUGCAGAGGGCGUGUCUCACAUUUCGCCAGCUCUUCGCGUGUAUGUGGUCCAGUGCUCACUUUCGGAAGCACCAGAUGUCCAAGGGUGUUGGGGGUCGUAUCGGUGGCGGCGGCAGUGACUCGAGACGCGCUCGCAGCAACGGCGACAGCGAGCCGACAGCGCGCCAGAGCCGUCUCGCAGGGGAUGUCAACGCAUUCCUCGCUGCAGUGCUCGGUAGCCCACGCGCGCCUGGUGGUGGCAGCAGCGACGGAGCCACGCGUGUGACAGGCAACGAGCUGCGCAAUCAGCUGGCGGACUUCUUUGGGGUGCCGGUGACAGCGACGGACGGAGCGGCGCGUGGGGUUGAACGCUCGCGCCACCCGUGUGACCGAAUAUGGAUGCAGCUGUCGAGUGUUGGAGGUGAGGCAGGCGUCUGUGCACUGUGGCUCUUGUGGAAGCUUCAGUGCGUUUCGGCCGCCCUCACCGACAGGCCUGCGAUGGUCGAUGGCGUCGAGGACGACUCGCAGACGCGCAUGAGGACGUUCCUGGGCGCCUACUAUGACUUGAACGCCAGCGUAGAAGGCGAUGCAGCGACGGCGGCCACCACCGCCACCGCUUACACCCGCCUGGUGACGGCGCUGCGGGCGUCGCCAGAUACGCUCCGUAUUCUACCUGCUGAGGAGGAACCGCCGCUCUUGCAUGAACACGUCCAAGACCUGCUGACGCGCACUAUUCCAGGAGCGUCGCCUCGUGCGAGCGCUGCCGCGAGCUCGUUCGCGUUGGCAGCUCCUGCAGCGGCGGAGCUGAUUGUGCACUUGUUUUCUGUCCGCCCACGUUUGCCAAGUGGGCAGCUGCUGCCACACGCGCAGCACCUGCUCGUGUGGCUCUCGCACGCAUCCUCUGCAGCCGCGUCGCUGGCAGCAGCGGGGGUGCACGGCGCUGCUGGUCCAUCCCUGGCUUCACUUUGCAUCCGCGUCUGCGCCGCCGUUGCCGCGCACCCCGCCGUAUCCGGCGCGUCGGACUCGUCUGCGCUGAUUGCCGCGUGGGCAUCGUCGCUGCCACCAGCGCAGCAGCAGCUGGAUGCGUGCCGCGGUGGUUGGCAGCCUCGCAACGGCAGAAGCACCGCACAGGAGCUGCUCGACAAUGUGUGGCUGCUGCUGCUUUCCCUCUUGGAAGAAUCCCGAGCGCCACUGAGGGCCACCGCUGCUGCGUCAUCGGCGCCGCUGCUGCGCGAAGGGGAGGUGGUUCAGAUGAUCCUGCUGUUCACGAAGACCUGGCUAGGGCAGUCGGCGCGCCAGCAGGUGCUGUGGUCCCGCCCGGCGAUGCUGCCGCCGCUGAUGUGCGCACUCUUCACGUGUGUAAUGCGUGGAAUGGAGUCGCAGCAGUUCUCGCCGCGCGUGCUAAGCGUGCUGGCAAGUGGGCUGGCGGCGAUGGCGGCCCACGUGGACGCGGCAACUGCGAACGAGGGCGAUGCGGAGGUCGACAGCGUUGACGGCGACGACGACGAGGGCGAGGGUGUUGGCGAAAGGAAAGCCGAGGCGCCGGCUAGCAGCGCGCCAGCCACAAAGGGCGACGAGCGCCGCCGCCCGCAGAAGCGACGACUCGAGGCCGGCACCGAAGCGUGGGUGACAGGUACCGCCACCCCCGCGCACGUCAAGCGAGCCGCCCUCGCCGCCGCCACGUCAGCACUCUUCGAGGUGGCGCACCACUACAUCCACAUCUUCACCGCCUUCAGCAGCGACAUGGACUUCCUCUUCACAGACUUCCUGAGGGUGCUCAGCCAGCACUUCCUGCCCACCGUGGCACGGCCUCCCAUCGCCCAUCGCGUCGGUGUGCGCAUCGGCAGCACGGUACGGUCGGACGUGUCGUUUGCUGACCUCGCUUACACGUGCGUCGGCAAUGCGGAAAGCAAGUCGCUGCUCAGGCAGGCGGCGCUGCGUAUGGAGGAGGAGGGGUUGAUGGACAGCAGCAGUGCCGGCGGUGGUAUCGCUGGCGAAGGUAAACGUGGGUCAGCGCUGACGGACGGCAGCCGAAGUAUCUUCCGGGUGGCGUAG